ACGAUGUCCAAACUCCGCAGCUCGUAAGUCCGAUGUUUGUACUUAGUCCUCAGCUGUUUAGAUUUCUCGUUUGACGUUCGUUGUUUCAAUGUUGGUGCGUAUUGUUAACAUCAUCACUUCUGAGUCAUUUUUGUCGCCGAAGAAAUAACGAAAUCCCGUCAUGGUAUUGAACGACGUGGAUACAUUUUGUCGCGAGCUAGAGAAAGCUGAAUUGGAGGCCCCUAGCGGAGUUACCUCAGCACGGACUUAUGCUCAAUUAUUAGCUGUAUACCUCUACCAAAACGAUUUAUGCAACGCGAAGUACCUAUGGAAGCGGAUACCGGCGGACGUGAAGACCGGAAACUCGGAGCUCAAACAGAUAUGGGUUGUCGGCCAGUGCAUGUGGCAACGGGAUUGGUCCGCCGUUCACGCUGCCCUCAACGCGGAGUGGAGCAAAGACGUCUCGGACAUAAUGGCUGCUUUGAAAGAUAACGUACGUGAAAGGGCAGUAAAUUUGGUAUCGAAGGCGUACUCGUCGUUAGGCCUGAACGUGUUCGCGUCGAUGACGGGUUUGCCGCAAGAGGAGGCGCGCAGGGCCGCGAUCGAGAAAGGCUGGUCCAUCGACGGCACGAUGGUGCAGCCGCGCAAGAUUGAGACUGAAGAAUGUAUCCUGGACAACGAGGUCCUGACGGAGGACCAGUUGCGCAAGCUGACGCGGUUCGUGUCGUUCCUGGAGAACUGAUGAGGCCCCUGGGUCGGCCAUCGACGAAGCAGCAACCGCUACCCAUCGCGAGGACCCGAUCGGCAGUACUUUAAACUUAGUUUUACCUCGUAAUCGUAUUAUAUAAAGGAGGAAGUGUGCCUCAAAGGAAGCACCUGUGUCCCUACCCUAAGUAUACCUCGGUCUACCUACGCGUUCUGCCCGUUCGAUCGGAAGAAUCAUUCGAUGAAGCAAGCGCGGAGUCAACAACUCGAUUAAUCAAUAAUCGGCACGCCGCGUGCGAAAGAAGGCGGACUGGCAUUUUCUAGAAAGGGACGCCUUCCACGGGGAGGAAAAUCCAUCGGCACGAUUAACGAGAUCCCAACGGCGUGCGUUUCAUUCAUCAGUGUUCACCACGGCAUCAAUAACUGCUGGAACGAAUUAUAUUCUAUUGUACAAAAAACAGAAUAAUAACUACGGACGCGAUGGCAACCGUCCUCACGCA